CAAGCCAAACAAUUUAACAGUCGAUUUCGAAAAACGUUCAAUAAUAACAAGAAUCUGCCCCGUUUUUGUGAAAAAAUCGUGUAAAAGUACAUGUAGCCCCUGGGUUAGAAUAAUCGAGAAACGAGCCCUCACAAUUAUCAACUUUUGUAGGUUAGAUCAAAAUGGCGCAACCAUCAGUUCUUCGAUAUUUUAACUGCAGAAAAAGGCCAGCUCUUGAUGACCACAAACUCGAUAGGCCUGCGAAGCUUCUGAAACCGAACGAAGAACAUCCAAAACUUGCUCCCCAAAAAAGACAGAAUGUGGAUCUGAAUUGUAACAAACCUGUGCAAGAGAGUACUGUAGUUGAAGAGAAAGCUGUUUUGAAGAGCACAGAUUCCACUGAAAGGUGUUUUACUCCUCCACCGAGAGAUAAUGUGGAGGAAACGGAAAAAAGUAAGCACCCGUGUCUUACUCCUCCGCCAAAAAAUAUUAUUGGUGAAAACAAGCAAGCCAAAGACCUGAGUUCUAUUAAAGCUAAUUUAUGCAAAAGUAAAAAAUUGGCUCAACUGAAAAAGUCACUUGAGCAGUUUAAACAGUCAUCGGAAAAAUUGGAUGCACUGGGAAAACGAAAUGAAUUGAUUUUGCAGUCGCUGAAGCAGAAGAGUCCAGUGAAAUUGCCAGUGAGCCCUCGGAAAUUACAGUCCCCCGAGAAGUUAUCACUGUCACCAAUUGACUCAAAACCCGGCUUACAGCUCCCUUUCAAAUACAGAACCUUGAGCGAAAUAUUCCGGGCCGUCGACACAAUCGCACAAAUAAUGCACAACCGCCAAGAAGCAAUAACAUUCAAAAAAUUAAAACCGGCCGUAGAGGAACUAGCAAAGCGUACUUUCCACAAAUCACAUCUAGCCCAAAUAAAGUCCGUUUACCCAACAGCUUACGAAUUCGCACAAAGAAAAUUUAAAACUUUCGCACAAGAGGAAUGGGACUUGGUUUUAACACCCACAAUAAAGACACAAAACAUGACUACGCAAGAUUUACUUGCCAGACGAAGACAAUUUCAUGGCGCGUUGCUCGACAAAGUUAAAAAUCACCACACCGAAUUUCUGUCGUCUCUAACGCCGCCUCUGGUUAUCGCAAAACACAACCUGACAAGGUGGCACCCGGAGUUCGCGUUAGAGAAAGUCCCGGACGUAGAACUCGCCAGUUUACCAGAGACCCCGACAACCGAAAUCCACACGUCUGGUAAGCAAAUCCUGGAAAGCGCUCGCCGAUUGUUCAAUUCCAACGUGCGCAAUUCGCCCGUGACGAACUUAGGCGCGCUUUUCGAAAAACAGGAGCAAACCACCACGGUGAAGGGCAUUCCGGAAGCGCUGCUGCGGAAAGUGCGCGAAAAGCAGGCGUCGAAGGCGCUCAUGGCGAUGACCAAAAGCGCCGAGAAAGAGAAGGAGAUGCAAGUGUGUGGUCGAUUGCCGGAGAUAGCUCGGUUCGUGCGAAAUUUGUUCGUGACGGAAAGGAAAGCUGUGUUGCCGUUGGACGUCGUGCUCGAGAAGCUGGGGAAUAGCUAUCGAACGAAUCUGAAUAAGAGCGACAUGGAACACCACCUGAAGGUAAUCUCGACUAAAGUACCGGGGUGGCUGGUUUUUCACAAAGUGAGGAAUUGUGUGUUUAUCAAGUUGGAUAAGAAUGCGGACUUGAGCGGAGUUUUAAAUAAGUUGGAAAAACUGGUUACAGAGAUGAAGGAAACUCAGUAGGUUAUGAUGAUUUUUUAUUUGUCAAAUGUAAUUCUCGUGUAUAACGUAGUUGAUUUUUGUAUUUUAUUUUUUCCCUUUCAUAUUUUGAGAAUAAAAGUCGUAAUUAAUA